AAAUUUUUCGAACGUCGUAAGGAGAAGUUGUGAUAGAUACUAAGGUUGGAUCGUCUUCACGAAAAUGCCGAAACCGAAUCCGAAACAAAUCGUGACUUACACACAGCUAUUCAUCAAUAAUGAAUGGGUCCCCGCAGUGAGUGGCAAGAAAUUUGCCACCAUUAAUCCAGCAAGUGGAGAGAAAAUUGCCGACAUAGCCGAAGCUGACAAGAUCGACGUUGACAAAGCGGUUGCAGCAGCCAAAAAGGCAUUCGCUCGAGGUUCCGCUUGGAGAAGUUUAGAUGCUUCGGCGCGUGGAAAUCUAUUGAACAAGUUAGCCGAUUUGAUCAUCAAAAACGUCGACGAGUUGGCCAGCUUGGAGUCGAUCGAUAAUGGAAAACCUUACAAGGAAGCCUACGGGGAAGUCCACGGUUGUGCUGCUUUUCUCCGUUACUACGCCGGCUGGGCCGACAAGAUCCAGGGGAGCACCAUCCCCGCUGACGGAAACUCAUUCACCUUAACGAGGAAAGAGCCGAUCGGUGUAGUCGGUCAAAUCACCCCAUGGAACUACCCGAUGAUUAUGAUUGGACUCAAGCUCGGGCCGGCAUUGGCAACUGGUUGCACGGUAGUGUUGAAACCAGCCGAACAAACGCCUCUGACCGCUCUUCGAGUUGCAAGUCUUGUCAAGGAGGCCGGAUUUCCUCCCGGAGUCCUCAACGUUGUUCCAGGUUUUGGUCCCACUGCUGGAGCCGCGAUUACCGAACAUUCCGACGUCGGCAAGGUUGCAUUCACCGGAUCUACUGAGGUUGGUCACAUCAUCAUGCAAGCCGCGGGAAAAACGAAUCUGAAACGCGUCACGCUGGAGUUGGGAGGAAAAAGUCCCUUUGUUAUUUUCAACGACGCUGACCUUGACGAGGCCGUAAAAGUUGCCCACGAUAAUCUGUUCCAAAAUGCUGGGCAAACCUGUUGUGCACCAACGCGAGUCUUCGUGCAGUCUGGAAUUUACGAAGAGUUCGUUAAGAAAUCGACAGCUUUGGCUGUAGCGAGAAAAGUUGGCGAUGCCUUUGAACCAAAUGUACAGACUGGUCCUCAGAUCGACGGGAAAAGCUUCGAGAAGAUUUUGGAUCUGAUCGAAUCUGGCAAGAAACAAGGCGCGAAAUUGCAAACUGGCGGAAGUCGGCUUGGUAAAGUUGGCUUCUUCGUCCAGCCUACCGUGUUCUCAGACGUCACUGACAAUAUGAGAAUCGCCAAGGAAGAGAUCUUUGGACCGGUACAACCAAUCUUCAAGUUUGAUACCCUGGAGGAGGUGAUCCAAAGAGCAAACAACACCAAUUACGGAUUGGCAGCCGGUGUUUACACUAAGAACAUCGAAACCGCACUAGAGUUUUCCAAGGCCAUAGAGUCCGGUGUCGUGUGGGUGAACCAGUGGGGCGCUUUGGGACCGCAAGCGCCUUUUGGUGGUUACAAGGAAUCUGGCAUUGGACGGGAAAUGGGUGAAGACGCCUUGAACAACUAUCUCGAGACCAAAACCAUCUCGAUCAAACUACCCUCGAACCAUUCGAACGUCUGCGUAACCAUCUCUACAAACAUGUCCGGCCCACUUGAUCCACCGAAGGGGAACCCAAACACAAAAAUAAACUACACCAAGAUUUUCAUCAACAAUGAAUUCGUCGACGCGGUAAGCGGUAAGACAUUUCCUGUCUUGAACCCUGCAACAGGAAAAAUAAUAGCUCAAACGGCCGAGGGUGACAAGGCCGAUGUAGACAAGGCAGUGGCGGCAGCAAAGAAAGCUUUCGCCAGGGGAUCGGUAUGGCGAUCGAUGGAUGCCUCAGCCCGUGGAGCUCUUCUUUACAAGCUAGCCGAUCUGAUCGAAGAAAAUGUGAACGAAUUAGCAAACCUGGAAUCAAUUGAGAAUGGGAAACCCUUCCUCAUGGCGUACCAGUUCACAGCAAUGACAGCUCAUUUUGUACGCUAUUAUGCUGGCUGGGCGGACAAGAUUCACGGAACGACUCUUCCCGUCGACGGAAAUUCGUUCGCUUUAACGCGGAAGGAACCGAUUGGUGUCGUCGGGCAGAUCAUCCCCUGGAAUUACCCGAUCCUGAUGUUCGGAUUCAAGCUGGGACCUGCAUUGGCAGCUGGCUGCACACUAGUCGUAAAGCCGGCUGAACAAACACCUCUGACUUCAAUUCGGCUGGCCCAGCUCGUCAAGGAGGCCGGAUUUCCUCCUGGAGUCGUCAACGUCGUUCCAGGUUACGGUCCUACAGCUGGGGCGGCGAUCAGCCACCACCCUGACAUCGCGAAGGUCGCAUUCACCGGUUCAUCAGAGGUUGGACACAUCAUAUUGCAAGCUGCUGGGGAGAGUAAUUUGAAACGUGUAACCCUCGAGCUGGGAGGAAAGAGUCCUCUUGUUAUCUUCAACGACGCUGACCUUGAUGCGGCUGUAGAAGAUGCUUAUAGUCUGUUCUUCAACGCUGGUCAGACGUGCAUAGCACCGUCAAGGGUCUUCGUUCAGUCUGGUGUUUAUGACAAGUUCGUAAAGAAAGCCGUCGCCGUGGCUUCCGCGACAAAAGUUGGAGACGCUUAUACUCCCGGGUGUCAGCAAGGUCCUCAAAUUGACUUGGAGACUUUUGACAAGGUUAUGGGAUUGAUCGAAUCGGCGAAGAAAGAAGGCGCGAAACUGGAAACUGGUGGAAAACGGAUAAAAUCAAACGGGUAUUUCAUCGAGCCCACCGUGUUCUCGAACGUAACUGACAACAUGCGAAUCGCCAAGGAAGAAAUAUUUGGACCGGUGCAGUCCAUUUUCAAAUUCGACACUCUCGAAGAGGUUAUCCAAAGGUCAAAUGAGACUAAUUAUGGCCUGGCAGCCGGUGUCUUCACCAAGAACAUUGAUGUUGCCCUUGAGUACGCAAAGGCCGUGGAAGCAGGAACCGUGUGGGUGAAUCAGUACAACGCUUUGGGCCCCCAAGCACCAUUCGGUGGUUACAAAGAGUCUGGCAUAGGGCGCGAAAUGGGCAAGGAAGGGUUGGAUGCCUAUCUCGAAACUAAAACCAUUUCAAUCAAACGGCCAUCCAAUCAUUGAGCUGACUUCGAAACCUAUGGUUGAGACUGAUGGUUUCGAUUUAUCUCCGCUGGCACAUGUAAUUUUUAAUAAAAUUUGAAUACAAAUAUAUAGAAACAAAAACACUUUAUGUUGUU